AAAAAAAAGCGUAAACCUGAAAGUCGUUUUAUUUAAAGACCAUAAUGAACCAUGACCAUGAAAUACAAACUAAACAUGUUAAUGACUUUUAUGAUAAAUUGUUAAAACGUAUUUGUAUAAGAUAAUUGUCAGCAAUCAUUGUACUCUAUUUAUCCUCCGUUUGAAUAAAAAAUAAAAUGAAAACAACAUUUUAUGUAACAAUUAUGAAAAGAACGGUUGACUCGAAAAUAUAAAUAGUCUUCAUAUCAACAAAUAUAUUUAUAACAAAAGUAUAAAUAGUUUAUUAGUGAUGUCACGUGAGAAUCGAGUGAAGUUGAAGUUUAUCCAACACGAUAUUUUUUACAGUACUUCUCAUUUCUCAGCAAUGAUUGGUGGUACAACUGAGCAGUGCACGGGCGACUGAUCGAUUAAUGGAUAUUCGAGUUUAAACUCGAGUUACUUUCUAUGUAUGACUAAACCCAUGAGUUGUUUUUUGUUCAGUAAUUUGUUUAUAUUCGUCCACUAUUCGUUUUAAAUUAUCAUAACUCCAUUAAUAACUAUUAUGUUUUUUAAUUUUAAAAGAAGAAUAUGCCACAGUUCAUCAGGAAGAAAUCGAGGAAAUCCUUUCCAGUGAAGGUUUGCACUUUGGACGCGGAAUUGGAGUUUUCCUUGGAAUGGAGAGCUACAGGAAGGGAUUUGUUCGAUCUAGUCUGUCGUACGAUAGGCCUGAGGGAGACCUGGUACUUUGGAUUGCAGUACGAGGACUCGAAAGGGUUCAUCUCGUGGCUCAAAUUGGAUAAGAAAGUCCAGGACCAGGUAGUCUCUCAGCAGCCGACGACACCGUUUAUGUUCCUUGCUAAGUUCUACCCGGAGGAUGUGGCUGACGAACUCGUCCAAGAGGUGACACAGCAUUUAUUUUUCCUUCAAGUGAAACAAGCCAUACUGUCUAUGGACAUUUACUGCCCUCCAGAAGCGUCAGUCUUGCUCGCCUCUUAUGCAGUUCAAGCCAAGUAUGAAGAUUAUGAUGAGUCUACUUACAAGCCUGGAAUGCUCGCAAGCGAAGACUUGUUGCCGCAGAGGGUCAUAGAUCAAUACCAAAUGACACCGGAAAUGUGGGAAGACAGGAUUAAAAUUUGGUACGCUGAUCACAAAGGGAUGUCGAGAGAUGAAGCCGAAAUGGAAUAUUUGAAGAUCGCUCAAGAUCUUGAGAUGUACGGUGUUAAUUAUUUUCCUAUAACGAACAAAAAAAACACAGAACUCUGGCUCGGUGUAACUGCCUUAGGUUUAAAUAUGUACAGUAAAGAUAAUAAAUUGACUCCUAAAGCGAACUUUCCUUGGUCAGAAAUUAGACAUGUUAGCUUCGAUGACAAAAAAUUUGUAAUCAAACCGGUCGAGAAGUCAGCUAGUAACUGCGUGUUUUUCUCAAGGAAAGUGAGAAUGAAUAAAUUGAUACUAGAUCUUUGCAUCGGUAAUCAUGAUUUGUUUAUGAGACGCCGGAAACCCGAUACAAUGGAAGUUCAACAGAUGAAGACACAGGCCAAAGAAGAAAAAUCGAGGAGACAGAUUGAACGGAACAAAUUAGCGAGAGAAAAACAACUAAGGGAGACUGCAGAGAGAGAGAAAUCUGCUCUUGAGCAACGGCUGCUGCAAUACCAAGAGGAGAUCAGAUUGGCUAACGAAGCCCUUAGGAGAUCAGAGGAGACAGCAGAAUUGUUGGCAGAAAAAUCGAGGGUGGCCGAAGAAGAGGCCAUGCUCCUUGGUCAAAAGGCUAAUGAAGCUGAGCAGGAGCUAGCAAGAAUGCGGCUCACAGCAAUGAAAACUGAAGAAGAAAAAAUGAGUUUAGAGAAGAAAACUAGAGAAGCAGAACAGUUAACUGCUCGGCUUGUAGAUGAAUCUGAAAGAAGGGCUUUCGAAGCAAACAGGCUUAAAGAUGAACUUUUAAAAGCAAGACUUGCAGAAAAAGAGGCAAAAGAAAAGCUUUUGGAAUUUCUUUCUCGAAACACAUACAUAAGUACAAGUAUGAAUUCCUUGUACAAUCCUGGUCCUGUUUUAGAAGUCAAGCCUCUCCCACUUGUUGAAAAUGAAACAACAUUGAGUACAACAGAUCUAACAUCAUACGAAUUAGCACCAGAAGGUGAUAUGGUACAAUUGUCUUUAGAAAUAGAAAAGGAGAGGGUCGAUUAUUUAGAAAAAAGCAAACACCUGCAAAAUCAACUCAGGGAUUUGAAAUCAGAAAUUGAAGUACUUAAGAUAGAGGAGAAACAAUGUGAACUAGACUUACUUCACGAUGAACAAGUUAGAUUAGGUGAAACAAAGUAUUCUACAUUAAGAAAAGUAAGAUCAGGCUCCACUAAAGCAAGGGUAGCCUUUUUUGAAGAUUUAUAGUGUGAAAAAAUAUAUACAAAGACUGGUUAUUAAAUUGUAAUUGUUUUAAAAAACAUAUUUAUAAUGGAAUGAAUUUUAAUUAAUUAUGCCCUUAUUAAUAAGCAUAUUGUCCAUUAAACCUGACAAUGUUAAAGCCUUAAAAUGUGAUAUUCAAUUAUUAAAAUGUAAAUACUUAAAUCAACCUUUAAUUUUGUAUGUAAUAAAAAAUAUGUGCCUUUU